CCACGCGAGGGGGGAGAGGAAAGAAAAAGGAAAGAAAAAGGGAAAAAAAACAAAAGGGUCUUUUCCCCCUCAACUCUUUUCACCAUUAAGAGGAAGGCGAUGGAGGAGCUGAGCGCUGAUGAGAUUCGCCGGAGGCGCCUCGCUCGACUCGCUGGUGGGCAGACCUCACAGCCUACCACCCCUCUUACCUCUCCACAGAGAGAGAACCCACCAGGACCACCUGUCGCAGUACCAGCCCCGGGCCCUUCCCACAGUCUCGGCCUAAACGUCCACAACAUGACCCCAGCUACCUCCCCAAUAGGCUCAUCAGGAGUAGCCCAUCGAAGCCAGAGCAGUGAAGGAGUCAGUUCGCUCAGCAGCUCGCCCUCAAACAGCCUUGAAACCCAGUCGCAGUCUCUGUCGCGGUCCCAGAGCAUGGAUAUCGACAGCGUCUCCUGUGAGAAAAGCAUGUCCCAGGUGGAUGUGGAUUCAGGAAUCGAAAAUAUGGAGGUGGACGAAAGUGAUCGCAGAGAAAAAAGGAGCCUCACCGAUAAGGAGCCUUCGUCAGGAGCCGAGGUGUCAGAAGACCAAGCUUUACAGCUGGUCUGUAAGAUCUUUCGAGUGUCUUGGAAGGACCGGGAUAGAGACGUUAUCUUUCUUACUUCGCUCUCUGCACAGUUCAAGCAGAACUCAAAAGAAGUGUUCUCCGAUUUCAAAGACUUGAUCGGCCAGAUCCUGAUGGAAGUGCUAAUGAUGUCCACGCAGACGAGAGACGAGAACCCCUUUGCCAGUCUGACGGCGACAUCGCAGCCAAUCGCCACAGCAGCCCGGUCCCCGGACAGGAAUCUGAUGCUGAAUACCAGCUCCAAUCCAGGAACGAGCCCAAUGCUCUGUAAUGUGGGCUCCUUUGGGGCCAGCUCUCUGUCCAGCCUGUACGAGACUAGUCCAGCUUCCAGGACCAGUUUCGCAAGCCACACGCCCCUGGCAGGCUCCUCUUUUACCUCGCCUUCCAAUGCGGCCGUCCCGCUCCCCGUGCCUCCGGUGGGGCUCAGUCCUCAUUUCCCGGGCGGCAGCCCCUCUGGAGGCCAGCCCUCCUCCCCACGGUACCGCCCCUACACCGUCACCCACCCCUGGGGCUCCUCGGCCCCCCCCGGCCCUCGGUCUUCCAGCAUCGCCAUCCCAUCUAGUUCGUCGAGCCCACCAGCCGUGGCUGCCGGCCCUCAAGCGGCGCCUGCCAGCUCUUCCAGACAGACCCCCACAACCAUGGGCCCACCGUCAUUUCCUGCUUCGCCCAGUCCCUCGAGUAGGGGUCCCUCUUCCUUAAGGAACCCACCUAGUUUGGGAGCUUCUGGUGGGUCAAGUACUUCUGAUUCCUGCAGUGACCAUUUCACCAUUGAAACUUGCAAGGAGACAGAUAUGCUGAACUACCUCAUCGAGUGUUUUGACAGAGUUGGAAUAGAGGAGAGAAAAGCACCAAAGAUGUGCAGUCAGCCAGCAGUCAGCCAGUUACUGAGCAACAUCCGAUCACAGUGCAUAUCCCACGCGGCGUUGGUGCUUCAGGGUUCACUAACGCAACCAAGGUCCGGGCAGCAGCAGUCUCUCUUGGUACCGUAUAUGCUGUGUAGGAACCUCCCAUUCGGCUUCAUCCAAGAACUGAUGAGGACGACCCACCAAGAUGAAGAAGUGUUCAAACAAAUCUUUAUCCCCAUCUUACAAGGCCUGGCUCAUGCUGCCAAAGAGUGCUCCCUUGAUAGCGACUACUUCAAAUACCCCCUUAUGGCAUUAGGUGAACUCUGUGAAAUCAAGUUUGGGAAAACUCACCCCAUGUGCAGUUUGGUUGUGUCCCUGCCUUUGUGGUUGCCUAAAUCCUUAAGCCCAGGCUCAGGGCGAGAACUGCAGAAACUCUCUUAUCUUGGGCCUUUCUUUAGUCUUUCUGUCUUUGCUGAAGAUGAUACCAAGGUCGUUGAAAAGUAUUUCUCAGGACCCGCCAUUACCCUGGAAAACACUCGUGUGGUUAGCCAGUCACUACAGCAUUAUCUGGAGUCGGCAAGGCAAGAGCUUUUCAAGAUUCUGCAUAGUAUUUUGCUGAACGGAGAAACGCGCGAGGCAGCCCUCAGUUAUAUGGCGGCUAUUGUCAAUGGCAAUAUGAAGAAAGCACAGAUGCAGACAGAUGAUCGCUUGGUAUCCACAGAUGGGUUUAUGCUAAACUUUCUGUGGGUGUUGCAGCAGCUAAGCACAAAAAUCAAACUAGAGACAGUCGACCCCACCUAUAUAUUCCACCCAAGGUGUCGUAUUAUCCUUCCAACCGAUGAGACGCGAGUGAAAGCAACUAUGGAGGAUGUGACUAGUUGGGUGACUGAACUCUAUGGAGAUCAGUCUCCAUUUUCUGAGCCGAAAUUCCCUACCGAAUGUUUCUUCCUCACCCUGCACGCCCACCAUCUCUCUAUCCUCCCCAGCUGUCGUCGCUACAUACGUAGACUCCGAGCCAUCAGGGAGCUCAACAGAACUGUGGAGGAUCUGAAAAAUAAUGAGAGCCAAUGGAAAGAUUCCCCUCUGGCAACUAGACAUCGAGAAAUGCUGAAGCGCUGUAAAACUCAACUUAAGAAAUUGGUGCGAUGCAAAGCCUGCGCUGAUGCUGGCUUGCUAGAUGAGAGCUUCCUCAGAAGGUGUCUGAAUUUUUACGGCAUGGUCAUCCAGCUGCUGCUCCGCAUCCUCGACCCUGCCUACCCCAAUAUAACGCUGCCUUUAAAUCCAGAUGUCCCGAAGGUGUUCGCAGCACUGCCUGAGUUUUAUGUAGAAGAUGUUGCUGAAUUUCUAUUUUUUAUUGUACAAUAUUCUCCUCAGGUGCUCUACGAGCCCUGCACUCAGGACAUUGUGAUGUUCCUUGUUGUGAUGCUGUGCAACCAGAACUAUAUCCGAAAUCCGUAUCUGGUGGCCAAGUUGGUGGAGGUCAUGUUCAUGACCAAUCCUGCCGUCCAGCCUCGAACACAGAAGUUCUUUGAAAUGAUUGAGAACCACCCACUCUCCACUAAGUUGCUAGUUCCCUCUCUGAUGAAGUUUUAUACAGAUGUUGAGCAUACCGGAGCCACCAGCGAGUUCUACGACAAAUUCACAAUCCGCUAUCACAUUAGCACUAUUUUCAAAAGCCUCUGGCAGAACAUAGCCCACCACGGCACCUUUAUGGAAGAAUUCAAUUCUGGGAAGCAAUUUGUUCGCUACAUCAAUAUGCUGAUAAACGACACCACGUUUUUGCUGGAUGAGAGCCUGGAAUCCCUGAAGCGGAUCCAUGAAGUCCAAGAAGAAAUGAAAAACAAGGAACAGUGGGACCUGUUGCCCCGGGACCAGCAGCAGGCUCGGCAGUCUCAGCUGGCUCAGGAUGAACGGGUGUCUCGCUCAUAUCUCGCCUUGGCUACAGAAACCGUGGAUAUGUUUCAUAUCCUCACUAAGCAAGUCCAGAAGCCUUUCCUCAGACCCGAACUUGGACCACGAUUGGCUGCUAUGCUGAACUUUAACCUUCAGCAACUGUGUGGCCCCAAGUGCCGUGACCUAAAAGUGGAAAACCCGGAGAAAUAUGGGUUUGAACCAAAGAAGCUGUUGGACCAACUGACUGACAUUUACCUGCAGCUAGAUUGUGCCCGUUUUGCUAAAGCAAUUGCUGAUGAUCAGAGAUCCUACAGCAAGGAACUGUUUGAGGAAGUUAUUUCCAAGAUGCGGAAGGCAGGAAUCAAGUCCACGAUAGCGAUCGAGAAGUUUAAACUGCUGGCGGAAAAGGUGGAGGAAAUAGUAGCCAAGAAUGCCCGGGCAGAAAUUGAUUACAGUGAUGCUCCGGAUGAAUUCAGAGAUCCACUGAUGGAUACCCUGAUGACCGACCCCGUGAGGCUGCCGUCCGGCACCAUCAUGGACCGCUCAAUCAUUCUGCGACACCUACUGAACUCCCCUACCGAUCCCUUCAAUCGGCAGACACUGACAGAGAGCAUGCUCGAACCGGUGCCAGAACUGAAGGAACAGAUCCAGGCCUGGAUGAGAGACAAACAAAACACCGACCACUAAGUCCCGCGUAGCUGGAAACGGCCGAGGCCGGAGUGGAAAAGAAAACGCCACUGGUCCCAGGUGAUGCCGACCGAACGUUGGAGGCGGAAAAAAGCCGGCCGAAGUGUGCGGGGCAUCCACCCACGGUGACUCGGGCUAAAGAGCCGGAAGGACAGGAACGACAGGAAGAGCCUAAUUCUUGUACAUAUAUUUAAGUGAUAAGGAUGGUCAGUAGCUUGGGGGACAGAUUAGGAGGUUGCUCGGGUUACAUGCCUUCCGACGCGUCAUAAUUCGGGGUUUUUACGGCUGAAUUCUUUUAGCACCGACGAAUGGGUCUGAGCAGCAUCCCUUCCAACUUCACUCUUUACAACCAGGUAUCCGCUGAUCUGAUUGUGAUUCGAACUUCGGACAUUUUGCUGCUAAAGAAACUUUUCUCCCCUCCUGCCUUCCCCCGCUCCUCUCCCGAACCCCACUUGCACUGCUGUUGUUGUUUUUUUUAAGUGAUGCAAAAAAAAAAAAAAAGAAAAUACGAAACUCCUGCCCCUCCAAACACAUAUAUUCUGUGAGAUAACCGUGCCUGCAACAAAGUGUUAAUCUUGGGAUCGUAUUUUUAUAUCCUAUUCACAUACUUGUUGUUUUUUUUUAAUUGGUGUUAGAUGACAUAAUUAAAAAAGCGAGAUAUUUUCAGAAUUUGGAUUUUAGUUUUGAUUGUUUUUUUUUUUCCUUUUGAGACAUCCCUUUUUUAUUUUUUAAAUCCUGUACUAAACGAAUAGACGUGUGGUUGCUCUGGUACUUUUAACAAGCCCUGUAAUCGGAAUCCGAGAAGCCGCCGCAGCAUAAAAGGUGUUGGAGAAUAUCAGGACUUUAAUAACUUGUGGGGUUUGUUUUUUUAAAGUGUAUAUUCUUUCAAAGCUGAUGAUCUACUUUGUGAAGUGACCGCUCUAAACCUUUCCAGUUUUGCGUCCAGGGGGAACAAUCCACUCCCUCCUCUCUCGAGUCCGUGCGUUUUGGGGCCGGGGACAUUUUUCUGUUCAGUACUAAUUUGUAUCCAUGGCUUGGCCUUACCAAAGCAAAAAGGGUGCAGGAAAUGUAGACGUACAUUUUUUUAAAAAAUAAAGAAAAGAAAAACAUUUUUGUAUAACUGCCCCGAGUAAGAUACUUGAAUUCUUGAAUUUCCUUUAAAAAAAAAAAAAAAGGAUUUGAAACCACAAAGUGUUUUAAAGAAAUUAAGCCUGUAAUUUUUUUUUUCCUUUCCUUUUCCUUUUUUUUUUUCCUGCUGACGGUGUCCUUUGUUCAAUUCCUGACUCUUGAACAACAAUAAAUGGUGAUACACAUUCGCAAGGAA